UCUUCUUAAUUCAAUUUCAAAGUUGUUUUAGAUGGAAAAAAUGAAGCUGUUUUUGGUCGUCUUCCUUUCUCUCACUGCCUCCCUCACCUAUGCAUCUGAUCCGAGUCCCCUGCAAGACUUCUGUGUGGCUGACAAUGCAAGCCAAUUGUUUGUGAAUGGCAAGGUGUGCAAGGAUCCAAAGUUGGCACAAGCAAAUGACUUCUUCUUUGCUGGGCUCGACAAGCCCGGCAACACGGCCAACGCACUAGGCUCGAGGGUUACCCAAGUUAACGUAGCACAGAUAGCAGGCCUCAACACUCUUGGCAUCUCCAUGGUCCGCAUAGACUACGCUCCUGGUGGUCAGAACCCUCCCCACACCCACCCUCGUGCCACCGAGAUCUUAACGGUACUUGAAGGCUCCCUUUACGUCGGUUUUGUGACAAGUAAUCCCGACAACCGCUUGAUCACCAAGACACUUCAAAAGGGAGACGUGUUUGUUUUCCCUGAAGGCCUCAUUCAUUUCCAGCAAAAUGUGGGGUAUAAUAAUGCGGUGGCCAUUGCGGCCUUGAGCAGCCAGAAUCCAGGGGUGAUCACUAUUGCUAAUGCAGUUUUCGGAUCGAA